UUCUGAUCCGUACGUGGAAGCGGUACGUAUACGUAGACGGAUAGAUACAUACAGUGUACACAGCUAGUACACCACGAGCGGUCAAGCGCCAUGGAUUCCCGAGCCCUGGGCACCGUUGGCCUCCUGCUCGUCUCCUGUUUCCUCCUCGCUGCCGGCGGCGCCCAGAGGUUCGAGGCCAUGUUCAACUUCGGGGACUCGCUGGGCGACACGGGCAACCUCUGCGUCAACAAGUCGGCGGCGAACCAGCUCCUGCUCACCUUCGCGCAGCCGCCCUACGGCAUGACGUAUUUCGGCCACCCCACCUGCCGCUGCUCCGACGGCCGCCUCGUCGUCGACUUCCUCGCUCAGGAGCUGGGGCUACCGCUCCUCCCGCCGUCGAAGCAGCAGGACGGCGCGGACUUCCGCAGGGGUGCGAGCAUGGCCAUCGUCGGCGCCACGGCCCUCGACUUCGAGUUCCUCAAGUCCAUCGGCCUCGGCUACCCGAUCUGGAACAACGGCGCCAUGAACGUCCAGAUCCAGUGGUUCAGGGACCUGCUGCCGUCCAUCUGCGGCGCCGCGCCGCCGGCGGAAGGGCAAGGCUGCAAGGACUACCUGGCCAGAUCCCUGUUCGUCUUCGGCCCCUUCGGAGGGAACGACUACAAUGCCAUGCUCUUCUUCGGGCUCACCGUGGAUCAGGCAAGGAACUACACGCCCAAGAUCGUCGACACCGUCGCCAGCGGCGUCGAGCAACUCAUCCAGUUGGGCGCAGUGGACAUCGUCGUCCCGGGAGCGCUGCCCGUGGGGUGCUUCGCCAUCUACCUCACGUUUCUCCCGAGCGACGACCCGGCCGACUACGACGGGCACGGGUGCCUGAGGGCGCUCAACGAGCUGUCCGUCUACCAGAACUCCCUGCUCCAGAGCAGGCUCGCCGCCCUCCAGGCAAGGUAUCCCUCGGCGAGGAUCGUGUACGCCGACUACUACACCCACAUCGACCGGCUGGUGCGCAGCCCGGCGCGCUUCGGCUUCACAACUGGCGCCGUCCCGGCGUGCUGCGGCGCUGGUGGCGGCAAGUACAACUUCGAGCUCGACGCGCGGUGCGGCAUGAAGGGCGCCACCGCGUGCCGGGACCCGUCGAGGCACGAGUCCUGGGACGGCGUCCACCUGACGGAGGCCGUGAACAGGCUCAUCGCCGAGGGAUGGCUCAGAGGCCCGUACUGCCAUCCUCCCAUUGCGACUCAGUCGAUAGCGUAGGUCACCCCCGGCCCAUGCGGGGCUGCGCCCAUGGUAAGACUGGCACGGGCCUUCCCUGACAUACAGUGGCAUGAUGGCGUAGUGUUGUACCGUAUUUACGAAGUGAAAAUCUAAAAGCUUAAAUCAUAAAAAAAAACUCCCUAAGCUCCGAUUUAGUAAGUUGCUAAAUACAUAUUAGGAAUAAAAUCCACUUUAGUCUCCAACAGUUUUCAAUAAAUAAUUUUAAAUUAUGCUAACUCGGAUUUUCUAGUUAUUACUUACAACUUUAAACUUGGUUUCAUUUGUACAAUAAAGUUUAAU